AACACCAUGGCCCGUGCUCUGAGCCAAGGUGUGGCAUCCCCCGUGCCCGCUGGCGGUCUCAGGAGAGAGGCCGGUGUCUGGGGUGGAGGGCAUCCAUGCCUUCCAUUCCGCCUCCCACCCUGCUGGGUGCCAGCUGCACUGGCCUUGCUGAUACUUGCAGCGCUACUGCCUCCAGGUGUUCGCUUACUCGAACUUCUGCUAGAAACGCCGAAGGUCCACGUGGCCGGUUCCCUCCGCCUGGGGACCCGGGAGGGCGCCGCAGUCACCCUGUUAACCUACAGCCCCUUCCCCAGCUGCUCCGGAAUGUGCUGCGCCCUUGCUUGCCGUUCCGUUGGUUAGCCUGGCGUCGUUUGGCUCCCUGCGGAGGUCUGUGUUUAGAGAGAGCGCUGUGUGCGUGCUGGGCUCCUGACAAGCCCUGCUGGGGAGGACUGCACACGAGCGGGCCGUGCCAGCUGCAGUACGGCCCCUUGGCGUUCGUGCUCGGCGACAGGGCGUCGAAAAAGCUGACAGAAUACAGCAAAGUGAUAACUGUGGAUGGCAACAUAUGCUCUGGGAAAGGCCAGCUCGCCAGAGGCAUAGCGGAGAAGCUGGGCCUGAAGCACUUCCCCGAGGCCGGGAUCCACUACGCGGACAGCACCACGGGGGACGGGCGGCCCCUGAGCGUCGAGUUCAGUGGCAACUGCAGCCUGGAGAAGUUCUAUGAUGACCCCCGGAGCAAAGACGGCAACAGCUACCGCCUGCAGGCCUGGCUGUAUGCGAGCCGCCUGCUGCAGUACGCCGACGCCCUGGAGCACCUGCUGAGCACAGGGCAAGGGGUCGUGCUGGAGCGCUCCGUCUACAGCGACUUCGUGUUCGUGGAGGCCAUGUACAAGCAGGGCUUCAUCCGGAAGCAGUGCGUGGACCACUACUACGAUGUGAAGAAGGUCACCCUCUGCGAGUACCUGCCUCCGCACGUGGUCAUCUACAUUGACACGCCCGUUCCCGAGAUCCAGAGUCGCAUCCAGAAGAAGGGAGAUCCGCAUGAGACGAAGGUCAGCCCGGCCUACCUGCAGGACAUCGAACGAGCUUACAAGACGGCCUUCCUCCCCGAGAUGAGUGAGAAGUGCGAGGUUUUGCAGUACAGCUGGCGGGAAGCGCAGGAUGCUGUGAAGGUGGCGGAGGACAUCGACUACCUCAAGCACGACAAGGGGCCUUGGCUCGAGCAGGACGACCGCACGCUGCACCGCCUGCGGAUGCUGGUUCAGAACAAGCUGGAGGUGCUGAACUACACGACGAUCCCCGUCUACCUCCCGGAGCUCACCAUCGGCGCCCACCAGAGUGACCGUGUCUUCCGCCGGUUCACGGAGCUGCCGGGCCGCAGGUACCGCCCCGGGUACAACGAGGACGUGGGCGACACGUGGAUCUGGCUGAAGUGAGCGGCCUCGUGACUGGAAGCGCGGCCGGAGGACGGGGCUGGCGCGGCCUGCCGGGAUGAGCCAGGGCGCCGUGGCUCUGGAGCCCCGGGCUCUGUCCUGGAGAUCGCGGGGACGCGGGGGCGCCUGGCCCAGCGGGCCCCGUGCCACGGGCUGCAGCGGCUGCUUCGGGACUCAGGAAAUAAAACCGCUUC